CAAAUGUGGGAUUCAUGCCACAAUGUCGGCCUUUGCCCAGACUGAGAGGCCGCCCCUGGCAGUGAGCCCCACCUCAGUCCUCACCGCUGCCUCCACGGGGUCCUCCAGUGUCCCCACAGAUUACGCUGCUCCCCCCUGGCCAGAGGCACAGCUGUGUCCCCAGCCCAGGGUUCCACCUCACAGGCAGGCCUGGCCAGACCCACUGAUGCCACCACACCGCAGGACUGGGGGAGCUCCCAGGCCCUCCCCUGUGCACACCAGGCCCUCCGCCUGCCAAGGCGCCUGCCCAUCCUUCAGGGCCAGUUCAGAAAUCACCUCCCCCAAGAAGCCUGCUCGGGUCCUGCCAUUCCUGGGACCCUCCAGCUUCCCCAGCCCUUGACUGGGCCUCCCCAGGAGCUUCUUGUCCUACCCCCGGGUUUCUUCUUCCCUCCUCCACCCUCCUGCCUCCUUCCCCAUAUCCUCUAAGGGAACUUACGGCUUCUGGCCGUGGAUCUCCUUCCUUGCACUCAGGCCCCUCUGCCCUCGGCCUUGCUCUGCUGGCCUGUCCUCUGCAGGGUCCUCUCCCUGGACACCGAGGCAGAUUCUCACUCAGCCCUCAGGCCGGGCUCAGCUGUCAGCUCAGAGCUCUCUGCUCCCCUACUUCCCACCCAGGAACAGGGUGAGCCUGGGGUGGCCCCUGUCCCACUGAAAUACAGCCACUUGUUUGUCCCCCCUGGACCCCCACCCCAGCAGGCCAGGGCCUUCUGCCUUGGGUCUGAUGUCUGCCUCCCCUUGAGCCCGGCGCUCCCACAGCAGGGCCUGUCCACAGUCUCCUCUGUGGGUCCUAGGGCCAGCAGGGUGCCCAGUGGGGGGUUUUAAGUGGGGUUUGGGGCACGGGCCUGUUGGGCAUUUGCCAGAGCUCCUCACCAACCUGGUGGACCUGGUGGAGCCCUGUCUAUGCUUGGGGCAGAGCCUGAAACAGGCUGCAGAAGAGCUGGCCAAGCUGCCUGGAUUCCCACUCCAGAGUCCAAGCCAUCCCAGCUGCUCUAGACUGCCUGUCUCCCGAUUUGUCUUCCAGUGGAACGUGACCAUGCCCUGGGUCACCAGGAGCCUCACUGGAAGGAGUUCCGCUUUGAUCUGAUGCAGAUCCCGGCUGGGGAGGCAGUCACAGCUGCUGAGUUCCGGAUUUAUAAGGUGCCCAGCACCCACUCGCUCAACACGACUCUCCACAUCAGCAUGUUCGAGGUGGUCCAGGAGCACUCCAACAGGGAGUCUGACUUGUUCUUUUUGGAUCUUCAGACCCUCAGAGCAGGAGACGAGGGCUGGCUGGUGCUGGACGUCACGGCAGCCAGUGACCGCUGGUUGUUGAACCGUAACAAGGACCUGGGUCUCCGCCUCUAUGUGCAAACCUUGGACGGGCACAGCGUGGACCCUGGCCUGGCCGGUCUGCUGGGGCGACAGGCACCACGCGCCAGACAGCCUUUCAUGGUCACCUUCUUCAGGGCCAGCCCGAGUCCCAUCCGCGCCCCUCGAGCAGUGCGGCCCCUGAAGAGGAGGCAGCCAAAGAAAACCAACGAGCUGCCGCACCCGAACAAACUCCCAGGCAUCUUUGAUGACAUCCACGGCUCCCAUGGCCGACAGGUUUGCCGGCGGCACGAGCUCUACGUCAGCUUCCAGGACCUGGGCUGGCUGGACUGGGUCAUCGCCCCCAAAGGCUACUCGGCCUUCUACUGUGAGGGAGAGUGCUCCUUCCCGCUGGACUCCUGCAUGAACGCCACCAACCACGCCAUCCUGCAGUCCCUGGUGCACCUGAUGAAGCCAGAUGCAGUCCCCAAGGCGUGCUGUGCACCCACCAAGCUGAGUGCUACCUCUGUGCUCUACUAUGACAGCAGCAACAACGUCAUCCUGCGAUGGUCAGGUGGUCUUGCCUGCAACCCUGGUGGUCUGAGUCCUGAAGCAGCAGUUUAUCUCCAUCACCUCCCCCAGAAGCACAUACUGAACAACUCUGGGAUUGGCACAAAAGUCAUGGGUAUAUUCUUGCCCAUUACUGGCCCAGGCUGUGGGCAGGUGUGGGAUGAACUGAGAGGCACCUGGAGCUCUAGACUGGCCACCUUGGCCUCUUUCCUGUCCAGUACAGAGUUUAGGAAUGUAUGGACAAGGUCUGGUGCAACCAUCCUUCCCCUGCCUGCCUCUCCCGGGUGCAAAACUGGCCAUUUCUAGAAAACAAUGAAAAGUAUGGACUUUAUCUCAGUAAUGCAUAUUUAUGCAUGUGAAUUACUAAAUCUCUGGCCACAGAUAGGCAUGCGGGUCAGCUCAAGAAAAAGCUGAAUGAACAGCAACAUGAUUCAGGGCUAAAGCCAAUGGCAUGUAUCCUCCCUUCCUGCCUUGCAUCUGCCUCUGGUGCCUGGAGAAAAUGUGCAUGGAUGCACAUCUUGCUUUGGAGAAAUAGAAAAAUCUUGGAUGCUUCCUUUGGUGAACUAAUGUAACUAAUGGUCAACUUGUAAUGCCCAGCUGAACUGAAUCAGCAUGGUCUGGGCAUGGAAGAUCUACCUGAGGAUUGUUGCCAUUAGCCAUAAAAACAGAACUGGAGGAGAAGAUCGUGGGCUAUUGAUUUUCUAGGAGAAGCUUACUGCGGGUGGUUUUCCUGAGGAUCUCAGGGCCUCACUAUCACUGGAAAUGGCUAUUAUUCUGGUCAGGGGAGCUCUGAUCUUCACCGUGAACAUCACUUCCUGGCUCCAGUGUAGAUCCCUCAGCCUGAUGGCACAAAUCCUUCAUCCCACCGGCAUAGGUUCUUUGGCUUCCACUACUGGCCUUUGGGUCUUCAGGGUGCAGACCUUCAAUAUGGACAAACAUGAGACAUUGCUGUGGGCUCUGGGCCACUGGCUGGACUCAAGGAGGACAUUGCCUUGGACUCUAAGCAUUUAGCUGGACUUGUGUGGGACACUGUUGUGGGAUCCAGGCUAGAUUUUUUGGUCCUCUAGUGUGCGGUUAAUCUCUUGUACUCCUCUGCAUUUGACUUUUUGGGUAAAUAUCACAAAAUAAUCCUAUAAAUAAUGUAUCCUGUAUUAAAUGUAUUCCCUUGACAAAACCCUGACUACAACACUUCCAGUGGAUUCAUCUAUCUGAAACCAUGUUCGCCUGGCAGAAGCUGAAGUUUGUGAGGAAAUUCUUUUUGCUGAGCAAGCAAGGUGGCUGCACUGGGUGUUCCAGGAUGACAGUGGCCAGCACAGAUGCCCUUUUCUUCUGCAUGGCAAACAUCAACAAUUACUCCUGAUUUUUUGAUCUGAGUCUGAACGGAAUUUCCAAGUGAUCCCAGGACUCCAGGCAGGACUCUCAGGACUCCAAAGUUGGCAUGUGAAGAGAGAAUUGUUUGUCAUCUUCUGCAAUGCAAAAGAGCAACCUGUGUUCCCAGAGUAAUAUGUCUGUGAUACCAGGCAGCCUGUGACCAGAUCUGGGGCAAGGCCAGCAGCUUGUCAGCACCUGCUGGUGUCCAGUUGUCAAAAACAGGUUGAAAAAAAACCCCAAAAACGGGUUUGUCUGCCUGAUCCUGGGUGCCCAGCAGCCCUGUCCUGUUUCUUGCACCUGUGAGUCAAAAAAAGGUCCCUGUCCCCGGGGAGUGACAGGUGAUAAUUGGGUUGGGUUGGGUGAGGAGCUUUGUCUCAGCUUCACACUUCCUGUUCUUCUUGGAGCAGCCUCUGGGAGUUGGAGUGUUUAUUUGAUUUUGGACUGGCUAAGCCUGUAAUUUACCUACUGGAACAUAUGGAGUCCAGCUGCCUGCACUGUGUCAUUAAGGGCACGUCCUGGGCCUGUCCACACCCAGCCCCAGUGGACCCACCCGUGAGCCCUGGGAUACACAUCUCUGGAGUUCAUGCUCUGUGCCCCUGAGGACGGGUCUUGGGGAAGGCAGGUGUGGCUGUAGGGGAGAGGCUGGGGCCACGCUGUGGAACAGCAGCCCCUCCACUGGGACCAGGGAGGGCCUCCCUGUGUGAGUGCAGAUGAAGGCACCGUCCCACGUAUGCAGAGGUGGGCCCAGGUGGUCUGGACAUUUCCCCAUCAGUUGGGGGAUCCUUAGUGUGGGGAUCCAGCUCUGGCCUGGAUGUAAGGAGACCUGACUUGAUUUGGACCUGUAAUGUGAGAGAGUUGGACUUUUUGAUUCCAAAGGGCCCUCAGCCUGGGUAUCUAUCAACCAGCCUUCAUCACAAUGUACCCAGAUGCAGCCUUAUGACCUUAUGGUCUUGAAUGUGGAGCUCAGGUGGCUCAGUCAGUUGGCGGGUAAUAAAAGAUCUAUUUGCUAUUCUAGUACUUUUCUAACACUUCUUCUCAACAUCAAGGAUUGUCUUUUAGGUCAAUAAGCCAAUGAUUUUGACAACUAGUAACUUUAAUGCCCAGCCAAUGAUCUGACAUAGUAUGGGGGGCACCAGGGACCCAGAGGUUUGUAGGCAUGGACUACACCCUACCUGUCAAACUGUAUAGCAGGAAUGGAUAAAUUGCCAUCUUUGUUCAGAAUAAAUGAAAAACAAGGCAUCAUUUACCUAUCUUGCCAUCCAGAUGGUCACAAAAGGAAAUCAAAUGGAAAAGCCCUUGAGUAGCAAAACAGUUGUACAUGGAAACAAAGUCCGUGUGUCUUACUGCAGGACCUAACAUUUGCUGAGCCAAGCAUGGCAGCUGCAAUGGGCAGCCCACCCAGCAACACAGAUAGCACUGUUUCCCCUUUCCUUGCUCAGGACAGCCUGUUUAUCUGGCUGCACCAGACUAAGUUAAUAAAGAGUGGUCAGUUCAUAUCCACUGAUAGUUGACAGGAAGAUACAAAAAUAGAAGUGCCUGGCACUGCAAUACUGACCUUGGGUCAUGUCAUCAGAGGAUCAGGGUUCACUUCUUCUAAGGUAAAAAAGAAACAUAUUCCUGAAAAACUUAUAAGCCAGAGAUGUAGCUCAGUGGUGCCGUGCCUGCCUGCCUGCCAAGUGCAAGAUCCUGAGUUUAAUCCUGGUACCAGAAAAAAAAGAAAAAAGAAAAAAACUAAGGAAAAGAGGCAGUGUAUCAAGACUACCAAUAUUGGGGAGCAAAUAGAUUUGAAUCCAAGUUCUGCUUUUUCUUCCAUAAAGAUAUUGGUUCUUCCCUCCUAUAGGUACUAUACAUAUUAAAUGUGCAUUAAGCAUGUGGGAUGUCUGACAGACACAUCCUUAACAAUCAGUACCUGUGGUCAUCAUUGCAAGAUCUGCUCAUUUGGAACCACUCUGUGCCGGUCCAUUAGACCAAAAUAUGUUUCUAAAGUGAUGGUGUAUUUAAGGCUGUACUUUCUCCUAAAAAAAAUCUAACCUGGGUUUCCUUUGAGGGCAGGACUUAUUUCUCACCACCUUUAAAGGCCUGGCAAGUGUCUGGCAAGGUGGGCAGUGGGGAGGUUGUGACACCAUGCUCUUGGGUUUCCAGAGACACCGGGACCCCACAGUGUGCUAAGGGUUUUCCACACCCACUCAUGUGACAAUCUGGAUGUGGGAACUGGCCAUCCAGGGUUUGAUCAGUAAUGUGAGGCUUUAUGCAAACAUUUUGACUUUCAGAAAUAUUUUUCAUUUAUUAAAAAAAACCACAAAAAUAAAAUACAAUUCAAAUCACCAUAGUUCCAUGACUCAGAUAAAUAUACCUUUAAUAUUUUGGUCACUUUUUUUCUUAAAAUAUACGUAUACCUGUUUACAUAUUAUAACUUUACCAUACUACACUAUAUAAAUUGCUUUGUGAUCUUUUUCACUUUAUUAGUACAAAUUUCUUAGUUUUUGAAAACAUGGC